AGCCAGCAACAAGGCAACAUCGCAACAUAUUUUCUUCACACACAUUGCGAAAUACAAAAAUUUACGUUUAAAAUGGAAUACACAAGCAAGACACAAAUCUACCAGAAGGUGAAGAAGCCACUCUUGGAACGUCAGCGUCGUGCACGCAUCAACAAGUGCUUGGACACACUGAAGACACUUGUCGCCGAGCUGCGCGGUGAUGAUGGCAUCCUGCGCAUGGACAAGGCCGAGAUGCUUGAAUCAGCUGUGGUAUUCAUGCGUCAACAGAAGACAAACAAACAGACAGCAGAAGCAGCAGCAACACCAGCAAUGCCAUUGGAGAGCUUCCGCAACGGUUAUAUGAAUGCCGUCAAUGAAGUGUCACGUGUCAUGGCAUCCACACCUGGCAUGAGCGUUGACCUGGGAAAGUCGGUGAUGACUCAUCUGGGACGCGUCUACAAGAACCUGCAGCAGUUCCAUGAGGCACAAACAAUGCCUGAGACAGAGCCAACAACUGAAUUGAGCAUCAACUGCAACUCGGCGCCGCUCAGUCCUGCCUCGUCUGGUUAUCACAGCGAUUGCGAGAGUCCAGCACCAUCGCCAAUGCCUGUGGAAGAGAAACUGUGGCGCCCCUGGUAAAUCAACCAUGCCAAGGGCAGCGACCUACAAUAAGGCAACAUGCAACGCAACUGUGAUAACCAACUGUGAUGGCAACAAAACAAUUAGCAAAAACAAAAACAAAA